CUGUGUGCAAAACCCACGCUAGUUAACACAUUCAGAUUGCCGGUUCCCAUUAUCAAGAAUUAACUGUUUUUUACAUACAAUUAGUAAAUAAAAUAAAAAUAAGUUAGCAACAAUUUAUAUAAAAUGGCUGCAUAUCACAAACCAGAAUCAAAAACUGUCCAAGAACUGCGGGAUAUUGCUAAUAAGUUGAGAGUCCAUUCGAUCACGGCUACACAGGCCAGCAAGUCAGGACAUCCAACAUCAUGUGCUUCGAUGGCAGAAAUCAUGUCCGUACUUUUCUUCCAUACAAUGCGCUUCAAAGUAUCAACUCCACGUGAUCCAAGUAACGAUAGAUUCAUUUUAAGUAAAGGACAUGCUGCUCCAAUUUUAUAUGCAGCUUGGGCGGAAUCUGGUUUAUUUCCUAUAUCUGAACUUCAGAAUUUACGGAAAUUUGAUAGUGAUUUGGAAGGCCAUCCCACACCUAGACUCAAUUUUAUCGAUGUUGGUACCGGAUCAUUAGGUCAAGGUCUUUCUGUUGCUGCUGGAAUGGCUUAUGUUGGAAAAAAUUAUGAUGAAGCCAGUUACAGGGUAUAUUGCUUGAUUGGAGAUGGUGAAUCAGCAGAAGGAUCCAUUUGGGAGGCACUCCACUUUGCUUCUUAUUAUAAAUUGGACAAUCUUUGUGCAGUAUUUGAUAUCAAUCGUCUCGGUCAAAGUGAGCCAACUUCUCUUCAGCAUAACAUGGAAGUAUAUCGUAAACGACUGGAAGCAUUUGGAUUUAAUGCAUUGGUUGUUGAUGGACAUAAUGUUGAAGAAUUAGUUAAGGCUUUUCACGAAGCUCAAACGACUAAAGGACGUCCCACUGCUAUUCUCGCCAAAACUUUCAAAGGCAAGAACUUCCCAACUAUUGAAGAUUUAGAAAACUGGCACGGGAAGCCUCUUGGCAACAAAUCUGAUGAAGUUAUAAUGCAUUUGAAUUCUUUGAUAAGAAAUAGUGGUCCUCUAGCUUUACAUCCUCAAAAGCCUUUAGUAGAAGACGCUCCGACUGUGAAUAUCAGUAACAUUCAACUCGAUAGUCCACCAAAUUAUAAAAUAGGCGACCAAGUAGCUACUCGUUUAGCUUACGGAACAGCUCUGGCGAAAAUAGCAAAAAAUAAUCCCCGAGUUAUUGCAUUGGAUGGCGAUACGAAGAAUUCAACUUUUGCUGAGAAAAUAAAAACUGUAGAUCCAAAGAGAUUUAUUGAAUGUUUCAUCGCUGAACAGAAUGCCGUUGGUGUAGCCAUUGGAGCUGCUACAAGAGAUCGAACAGUUGCAUUUGUAUCUGCAUUUGCUACAUUUUUCACUCGUGCCUUCGAUCAGAUUCGAAUGGGUGCAAUUUCACAAACAAAUGUUAACUUUGUUGGGUCUCAUUGUGGAGUUUCUAUCGGUGAAGAUGGACCAUCUCAAAUGGGUUUAGAAGAUGUUGCAAUGUUCCGUGCUAUUCCAGGCUCAACUGUCUUCUAUCCAUGUGAUGCUGUAGCUACUGAACGUGCUGUAGAAUUAGCAGCCAAUACAAAAGGUGUUUGCUUCAUCCGUACUUCUCGCCCGAACACUGCCGUUAUUUAUGAGAAUAACGAAUCUUUUGCCAUUGGUAAAGCUAAGAUUGUCAAAACGUCUUCCAAGGAUCAAGUUCUAGUUAUUGGAGCUGGUGUUACUUUGUAUGAAGCUAUUAAAGCAGCUCAAGAACUUGCUGGAUUAGGAAUCCAUGCUAGAGUGAUGGAUCCUUUUACUGUUAAACCAAUCGAUGCGGCUUCAAUUAUUAGUAAUGCUAAAGAUUGUGGAGGAAGGAUUGUAACUGUAGAAGAUCAUUAUCCGGAAGGGGGUUUAGGUGAUGCUGUUAUGUCUGCAGUUGCUCUUGAACGUAAUAUAAUUGUGAAGAAGCUUGCAGUAACCGGCAUUCCUCGUUCAGGGCCACCAUCUGUUCUUCUCGAUGCUUUUGGAAUCAGUGCUCGUAAUAUUGUCAGUGCUGUUCAAGAAAUUGUUAAGAAUUAGAUAUUGUACUGGUUGGAUUCAUGUUCAAAGGGGAUAUAAUUCAUUACACUAAAAAAAUAAGGGAUCAUUUAUAAUAAAGCAUUCCAUAGCAUUCCCCAUUUGAGUCUUCCAAAUGAAAAAAA